UGGGGAUUCGACUGGAUUGUCGUUUUCAACAUGGCGGCUAUGAGUUCAGCGUUCUUUGCCUAGAAACGAAUGGAAUUCCUCCAAAGGGUAAACUGCCAAACCCCUGAGUUGCAGUUGUAGUCAUGGGAAGAUGUGAAUGCUGGCAGCGUAAUUUCCUCAUCAUUGGUGCUGUCAUCCUCAACUCAUUUGUGUUUAACGGCGCGUUGGGCCUCCAGUUCACUCAGGAGCCAGGCAACCACAUCGCCGUGGCAACUCAGCCCACUUGGUGGCACUGCGCCGCCCACAGCGACCAGCCGGUCACUUACACCUGGUCCCGGGGUGGCCAGCCCCUCAAUGGCCAGCCCAACUACAAUGUGCUGUCCAAUGGGACGCUCCAUAUCCUCAGUGUUGGCCAAUCGGACGUGGGCUCUUACACAUGCCAGGCCCGGACAUCGAGAGGGGAGAUCGUCACCAGUGGAGAGGCCCUGUUGACGUUAGCAACUCUCAGCAACAGUUUCAGCGCCAACCCCCAAUCUCAGAGCCUCAAUCUGGGCGGGUCUGCCUCCCUCCACUGCACCAUUGCCAGCCACCCCCAGGCCGCCAUCUCCUGGCUCUUCAAAGGCGGGGACAUUGCUGCGGGGACAGCAGUCACCGUGACGACGGUUGACUCUGCCACCAGGAGCACGUUGACCAUCGCCAGCCUGGAGCACCGCCACGGGGGGCAGUACCGUUGCUUGGGGACCAACCGCCUCUUGCCAAAUUCAGCGGUGUACAGCGAUACUGCAACACUGACGCUUAUUGGGAGACCGGGGUUUUUGGUCACACCGUCCCCGAAGACGGUGGCCGUGGGUGGCACAGCAAGUUUCCAGUGUGAGACCACGGGGAGCCCGUCUGCAUCCGUGCAGUGGCUGAACCCACAGAGCAACAUCAUUCAGAGCUCUGGCCGUUUCACUGCCACCUCUACAACCCUCCGCAUCACCAACCUCCAGACGGCAGAUGCUGGGUUCUACACCUGCCAGGCCACCAACGAGUGGGGCUCCAACACUGCCUCGGCCCUGUUGACUGUCGCUGAAGCCGUGCAGCCCCUGGUCUUCACGACAACCCCAGCGGAUAAGUCGGUGGCUGUUGGUAGUCGCGUGACGCUGCAGUGCAACGCAGUGGGCAGUCCAGAUCCUGUCAUCACUUGGAGUAAGCAAGGUGGCUUACUCCCUGCCAACAGAAUAGAAGAGCCUGCCCCUGGUUGGCUGAGAAUCACCGGCGUCAUAGCAACAGACUCUGGCAUCUAUGUCUGUACAGCCAGUAAUGGCUUGAGUAGCAUCAGCUCACAAGCACAACUCAUUGUACAAGUCCCGCCGAGUUUCACAGCCUCCCCUGUAGACACCACGGCUAGGGCAGGCGAGUCGGCCUUCUUCCAGUGCCAGGCAGAGGGUAACCCCGCCCCUACCAUCACCUGGACUACGCCCACCACCGGCACCCUGCAGGCUCCCAGCGGGCCCCACGGCGGUGUGGAAGUGACCGGAGAGGGCACGCUGAUGGUCAGCCCCGUGGAGAGGCGGCAUGCAGGGGCAUACGUCUGCACAGCCACCAACUCCAUCUCAGUCAUCAGCCAGAGUGCAACCCUUGUCGUACAGAGUCCACCAUUUUUCACGACUGUACCCACCGAUCAGCGUGUCAUUGAGGGCUCCUCCACCCAGCUCACCUGCCGUGCCGAAGCCAACCCGGCCCCAACCGUCACCUGGCUGUUCCACGGGGUGCCCCUCGUCAAUGACCCCAAGCACAGUGUCUACGGGAACGGGGACCUGACCGUGCGGAAUUUGGAAAAGGCCCAGGAAGGGACGUACAUGUGCCGGGCCGAGAACACGCUGGGAGUGCAGGAAGCGUCUGCCUUCGUAGUGGUGCUAAUUCCGCCAGACUUUGCCAUUUAUCCCACCGACUUGACAGUGCAACUUGGGGACUCUGUCCUGUUGGACUGCAUAGGGACUGGUGACCCAACACCUGUACUUCAGUGGUUGAAAGACGACCAGCCAUUGGUGUUAGAGUGGAACGUCGCGGUGCUGGCCAACUUAAGCCUGUCGCUGAGCAACAUCACCAAGGCCAACCUGGGCACCUACACCUGCCUGGCAACCAGCGAGGCGGGGACCAAUCGGAUCUCGGCUCAGGUCUGGACGCCUGACAUCCCGUUUUUCACGGUCCCACCCACCAACACGACCACCAACGAAUCCAUGUCCGCGACGAUCUCCUGCCAGGCCUCAGCCCGCAAGGUGCCGACCAUCCGCUGGUACCUUGCUGACGAUGUAGGUAACCGAGGGGCAGAGGUAGGAUUAGGAACCAACCUGCCGGGAUCGCGAGGGGCUGGGAGUUUCGUCGCAGCCGAUGGCAGUUUGAUGUUCUCAGACGUGUCCAGAUCAGACGAGGGACUGUACAUGUGCGAAGCAGACAACGGAAUCGGCAGUGUUGCUGAGACAGCCUUGCUCCUUGUCAACGUUCCCCCAGAGAUUGUGAGUAUCACCAGUCCAGUCACCGGCACGGAGACCGACAACCAUCUUCUUUUGCAGUGCAUUGCCGACGGUCGGCCCCACCCACAUCUCACCUGGUUCCUCCCCUCUGGCGGCCCUGUUCCCAACGACCCAUCCCGUUACAAUGUUCAGUCCUCCAGCGGGUACCUGGUCAUCUACUCCCCCUCUGUUAAGGAACACGACGGUGAUUUCUUGUGCCGGGCAGAGAAUUUCCUAGGGAACGACAGCACGGUCAUCACCGUCAUCGUGCAAGGAACUCCCGUCCUAACACGGCUUCUGGCGAAGAGAGCUGAAAGGUCGGUGACGUUGCAGUGCCUGACAAGAGGCUCGCCGACACCCACUCAUUCAUGGUCAAGGAACGGGCUGGACAUCAGUGCUGGUCUGGCCGGUCAUUUCAUCAGCAGUGACGGCAGCUUGGUCAUCCAGAAUCUAGAUCUGGCCCAGUCAGGGAUGUACGAAUGCAUCGUGGGUAAUACAUUUGGAGAGGUGUCUGCAACAUUUAAAGUUCCAGAAAAGCCUGGUACCCCGCAGGUCACGGCCACCACAUCUACUUCCAUAGAUCUGGCCUGGUCCUCCCCGGCCCCUAGCAGCAAUCUCACCGUCACCGGUUACCAGCUCCAGUACAUACGUUUUGGGGAGGCCAGCUAUCAGGACGUUGCCCUGGAGAUAGUAGGUUCCUUUGCCUCGGUGACAGAGUUGGCACCAUACACAGGGUACGCCUUCCGUGUGCGUGCCGUGAACGAGCUGGGCCCAGGAGCAUUCAGUUUGGUAACACCGUUUACGCUGACAGCCGAAGCAGCUCCCAGUGAACCGCAGAACCUGCUGGUGACCUCUUCAGGUGACCUUCUCAUUGUGACGUGGUCAGAGCCGGAGGUGCUCAACGGCAACCCCGAAAACAUUGUGUAUCAGAUCGCCUACCGACUACGAGAUGGGGAACCAGACCGUGAGACGGUUCUUACACAUGAACACAGUAACCUCCCAUACAGUGUCAUUUUGGUGAACGUAAUUCGUAAUACCGAGUAUCGUGUACGCAUCCGGGCGGGCAACACGCUACUUGGAGAGUGGAGUGACUAUGUGAUAGCUAACGCACAGACAUUGGUUGAAGCACCUGUGAAGUCAGUCACCGGUUUGAAAGCUGUAGCCCUGGGAUCCUCUGCCGUCCGACUUGAGUGGGAGUCCGUUGACGAUGCAUCGUUCAGCCACUACAGCAUUGCUUUCCGUCAGUUGGACAGCAACAUGUCAUACGAGACCGUCCAGGUCACCGAUAUCACCGCCAACAACUUCACCAUCAUGGGACUGAGAGAGAACACAGACUACGCGGUCAAGAUGUCCUACAGCAACGCCGGGGGCCAGGGACCCUACUCAGCGGAGGUCCAGGUGAAGACAGAGCUUGAGCCUCUGAGUCCCGGCGGGUACAGUCGAGGUGGCCUGUCCAGCGGCGUGGUAGCGGCCAUCGUUUGUGGUGCGGUGGCCAUCGUCUUGUUCAUUCUCAUCCUGGUGGCCAUCGUCUGGCAGCGCAAGCGUGACCCUGCAGGCUGGAUUGGCAGGAAACGCCUCAACCCAGAUGCAUUGUGGAUCCACAAGAGAUACUCAUACGGGGACGAUCAUUCUCUCGAUUCCUACCCGGACGACAGCAGCGGCAACUCGGGCCAGAAGGGCACCUACGAUGUGGCCAUCGUGAACGAGAACUACCUGGCAGAUGACACGAUGGCAUCCACGGACUCCGCCUACGACCUGGGAGGCGGGAAGAGCCAGCCUGCCGCGGAGGAAGGACAGAAGAAAAAGAAGAGGAGGAAGAGGCCCAGAGGCUGGUCCGACGUCAUCUAUAAGAGUCCAAGGAAUCCAGGCGUGGUGUUGGUCAAGAAAGCAGUGAUCGGGGAUUCCGACUUCAGCCCACCGCCAGUAGCACUGGCCAACCGAACUCUGGAUGAAGAAACACCAGGAGAUAAAUCUGAUGCUGUGGCAAAAGAUGAAGCUGCGACAAGCCCCCAAAAUGGCAGGGAAGAUGACCAGAAAGAUGACAAAGAUUCCCUGGAUCUGACCCAGCAAGGUGGCAAGAUUCCGACCAUUUCGGCCGAAUUUCCCAUCUCCACGGACUUCCCGGUGCCCAGCAAAGAAGAUGAGGACAAGGUGUUUCAUGCUCAUGACGCCGAGUUUCUGUCCUCAACGGAUGACGACUUCCCCAUGCAUGACCCCGAGUUCCUGGCUGCCCAUGCCUCGGCUGCAGCCGCUGCCCACUUUCCAGUCUUCCCCAACGCCGACGACAGCAGCCCCGCCAAUCUGGCGGCCGAGCUGAACGUGGACAGCCGGCAGAUGCGCAAGAUGGCGCGCAAGACGGCACGUGAGCAGAAACGCCGGGAGAAGAAGGAGCAGAAAGAGCGGGAGAAGGAGGCGGGGUCAGGCCGCAGCCGGAGGCGGAAGCUCUCAGACCGCAUCGCCGGGAAGAUCAACCUGCGCAAGCGUGGCUCACUCAGCUUCGGUCAGGAGAGGGGCGGAGACGAUGGGAACGGGGGAGGGGUGCUGGAGAGAGACUAUCCCAUGAUGAUAGAGAGGCAAAAGGAAAAUGCAGUCAUGUUUUGAGCAAUGGACUGUGUUCCCAAAUGUACUCUCCCUACACUUCAUGGUUUCUAUGCAUUACACUUGAUGCUCAUUUGUGUCGUCUUUUAUUGAUUAUUCCAUCAAACAAAAGAGUAAACCUAUUCACUUCAUAAACUUCAACCUCACGGCACAGCUUCUUCAUGUUACUUUUUUUAGUGCAGAAACGGGUUACUCACUGGCUCAAUCGCCAAUUGUCCAACCCUCACACAAGUUUAUUUAGUCAAUUUAAAUAAAAAAUAUCUCCUUGCUUCAGAUGUUAACCAUGCCAAAAUGGAUCACAAAUUUUAACAAGCUGAACGUGUUUAUAUUGGAUGUUAGCGUGUGUCUUCUAUGAAGAAGCUGAAAUCAUCUUGUCCAAGUGGAUUGGAAAGUUGGAGAAAGGUAAAAGUAGGGCUACGGCAUGCUGUGAGCAAAAACGGACAUGAAUGUACCCCCGGCCCAUCAAAUGUUAAGGUGCAUUGUCCUUCGAAAGAAUUUCCUUGAAAAGAGCAGAUUAUCUGAAGUCCUUUACAGUUGACCAAUUCAUGGAAUGCAUGUACAUGUUGUGUUAACUGUCGCUUUGGAAUCGGCCGCUGUGUGUGUUGCUGUUUGGCGUGCGCUGCUGCCAAAGUUUGCGUCAGUAGAGAGGCUGACAAAUUUUAAGCAACUUUUCUGUGUGUUUGCAAAUCAGUGUAAACUUAAUUUGAGUUGUGAAAGAAUCUUUGCUCCACUGUGAAGACAAUGCUGUUUGUUUGCAUGUUGUAUAUGGGUACUUCCAGAAAUCAGGGGUCCAUUUUUUUUUCGUGUGACCCUGUCACAUCUGACAUUUGAUUUUGUAAUUUUCCUAUUUCCAAGAGUGUUGGAUUAGUGCAGAGUGCCUGCCAAAUAAAUAGUAAUAGUUUGAAAUCAAUUCCAGUGAUAUUUCCAUGUCAAAUAACAAAGGUCAGAUGUAACAGGGACACAAAAAUGUCACACUGUUGGACCCCUCAUUUCUGGAAUUACCCAUGUAGAGUGUAUCAGUUUCCCCCUUUCUCCAGUUUGAAGGCAUUUUUACCUUCCAGCUUCAGUAUUCAAGCAUGUGUGUGCAUCUGACAUUGGCAUGUCACAGGACAGGACAAGCUCCUUUGGAUAAUCUCUUUAGCAAUGUGGAGUCUCUUAAAGGAUGUCCAAACCAGAUGUCUUGUGGCUGUGACUUUGGUGGUUGCCAUUGGCACACCAUGGAAAACAGCCGUAGCCAUGACUGAAAAGCUCUCAUCAGCUAUGGACUAAAUAAUGACUGACCUCAUCUCUCCUGUGUCGUUUUGACCGUCAGGACAACACUGUUAUUAUGAGAACGUUUGUUGCGAGCAUCAAUAUUUCCAACAACACAGUCAGUUUUGUCUCGGGGGAUUCAGUGCAGCGUGACCGAAAGAUGAUUCUGUCAUAGCAUAAGGGCCGGUUCAAACCGGGCGAAAACAAACACGAAUGCGAAUCUUUGGCAUCUGAUGAAAUAUUUGCGUUGCGGAUUCAUAAAAGUUAACACAUUUCAACUUGAGCAAAACGUCACUGCAAAGUUUUGGUGACGUUGAAUUUGUUUCACUUUCGCAUUUGCCUGAAGUACAUGUAUGAGCCAGCCUCAAUGCUACUCUAAGUGUUCAAAUUUUGCAGAUAUAUUUGAGGUGAUACAGUGGAGGUUUUAAGCGUCCAAACCUUCAACAUCAGUAUUUUGUUCAUGCACUCUAGGGGGUAAGGGGGAAAGCCCGAGGAGGGUCACAAAAUAUUUUUGCAGUGAACAAAGUUUGAAAGGAUGAAAGGGCAGUUACAAAUUACAAGAGGGAAAAGUUGUGUGUCAAGUCUUUGUGUUUUCUAAUCUUAUAGUUGCACUACACCAAAUACGCGCCCAUAGGAAACAGUGCAAAAACAUUGGACCGAAACAGCGCCGCCUGUUAACUCUCGGGAAGACGUUGAGCUCCGUCAAGAUUCAAGAUUAUGGCCAGAAGGUCACCUUUCGUUUCAAUUUUAUGGGGGUUAGCCAUGAAAUGUUUUUUAAUUUGCCUUUCCCCGAAAGAUACCCCCACAACAGCAGUAAAACUAUGCGCUCAGCUCUAAAUGUAGCCGCCCGCCUCUAUGAAAAUAGGCCCACAAUUUGGGGCUUUUUGAGAAAGAAAUACCCCAACUGGAAACUAUCUAUCCCGAACAGGAAACUAUCCACCCUGAACUGGAAACUAUCUACCCUGAACUGGAAACAGUUGUCACAGGCUUUAAUCAUCAGUAGAAAACGAAGACUUGGGACACUACUUUUUCCCUCCUGUUAUUUGUAAAAAAAGUGCCCUCGUGGGUUCAACUACAUUUUUUUACAUACAUGUAUAGAUAAAUCAUUCCUAUCACUACUUAAAUUCAAUGUUUAUUGUUAUUUAUUGUGUGUGACUUUCAACAAUAUUAUUCCUAUAUCCAUUGUGUAUCACUUUUUAGCAAACAAAAUGUGUAUUCUUAUCAUGUACAUGUGAAUUGAGUGCCUUUCCUUUGAAGUAGUUACAAGUUUUGUUUCCUUAAUUAAAAAAUGCAAAGGACUUUCAGCUUGCCCGUGUAUUUUUGUAUUUAGCAUGGUAUUUGCAUAUUGUACUAUUAUUUGUGGCGCAAAAUAAGAGAAAAAAACAUUAAUCCUACAGUACACAACAGAAUGAAAUAUAUUGGGUCUUGCGGUCCAAAGACAGAAUAAACUUUCCUUUGUGCUGGUGUAUUGUGCACCAUUUA